CUUUAUAGGGAGCGCCGGCCGCGCGCUAGGAAGUCGGUGCCGCUGCCGUCUCUGCGUUCGCCAUGCGUCCCGGGGCGCCAGGGCCACUCUGGCCUCUGCCCUGGGGGGCCCUGGCUUGGGCCGUGGGCUUCGUGGGCUCCAUGGGCUCGGGGGAUCCCGCGCCCGGUGGUGUUUGUUGGCUCCAGCAGGGCCAGGAGGCCACCUGCAGCCUGGUGCUCCGGACUGACGUCACCCGGGCCGAGUGCUGUGCCUCCGGCAACAUUGACACCGCCUGGUCCAACCUCACUCACCCGGGGAACAAGAUCAACCUCCUUGGCUUCUUGGGCCUUGUCCACUGCCUUCCCUGCAAAGAUUCGUGCGACGGCGUGGAGUGCGGCCCGGGCAAGGCGUGCCGCAUGCUGGGGGGCCGCCCGCGCUGCGAGUGCGCGCCCGACUGCUCUGGGCUCCCGGCGCGGCUGCAGGUCUGCGGCUCAGACGGCGCCACCUACCGCGACGAGUGCGAGCUGCGAGCCGCGCGCUGCCGCGGCCACCCGGACCUGCGCGUCAUGUACCGGGGCCGCUGCCGCAAGUCCUGUGAGCGCGUGGUGUGCCCGCGGCCACAGUCGUGCGUCGUGGACCAGACGGGCAGCGCCCACUGCGUGGUGUGUCGGGCGGCGCCCUGCCCUGUGCCCUCCAGCCCCGGCCAGGAGCUUUGCGGCAACAACAACGUCACCUACAUCUCCUCGUGCCACCUGCGCCAGGCCACCUGCUUCCUGGGCCGCUCCAUCGGUGUGCGCCACGCGGGCAGCUGCGCAGGCACCCCUGAGGAGCCGCCAGAUGGUGAGUCGGAGGAAGAGGAAGAGAACUUCGUGUGAGCCUGCAGGACAGGCCUGGGCCUGGUGCCUGAGGCCGCCCCCCACCCCGUUAUUUAUUGCCACAGCAGAGUCUAAUUUAUAUCCCACGGACACUCCCUAGGGCCUGGAUUCGGACCACUUGGGGAUCCCAGAACCCCCCUGGAAGGACUGAGGAAAGGAGGCCUGGGGGCCGGCUGGUGGGUGGGGUAGACCUGCAUUCCGGACACCGAGCGCCUGAUUUAGGGCCUUUCUCUAAGAAGCUCCAGCCCCUACCCUAAGACCUAUUGCCGGGGAGGACUCCACACUUCUGCUCUGCUCCUUUGGGGAUAAACCUGUUAAUUAUUGCUACCAUUAAGAGGGCUGGGCAUUCCCUGCUGGUAAUUCCUGAAGAGGCAUGACUGCUUUUCUCAGCCCCAACCAUCCUAGAACAGGGGCCUUGGGCUUAGGCCAGGAGGAGCAGAGGAGGUCUAGCCUGGGUGAGUACGGAGGGUCUAGCCUGGGUGAGUACGGAGGGUCUAGCCUGGGUGAGUACGGAGGGUCUAGCCUGGGUGUGUAAGAAAGGUCUAGCCUGGGUGAGUACGGAGGGUCUAGCCUGGGUGAGUACGGAGGGUCUAGCCUGGGUGAGUACGGAGGGUCUAGCCUGGGUGUGUAAGGAAGGUCUAGCCUGGGUGAGUACGGAGGGUCUAGCCUGGGUGAGUACGGAGGGUCUAGCCUGGGUGUGUAAGGAAGGUCUAGCCUGGGUGAGUACGGAGGGUCUAGCCUGGGUGAGUACGGAGGGUCUAGCCUGGGUGAGUACGGAGGGUCUAGCCUGGGUGAGUACGGAGGGUCUAGUCUGGGUGUGUAAGGAGGGUCUAGCCUGGGUGAGUACGGAGGGUCUAGCCUGGGUGAGUACGGAGGGUCUAGCCUGGGUGUGUAAGGAGGGUCUAGCCUGGGUGAGUACGGAGGGUCUAGCCUGGGUGAGUACGGAGGGUCUAGCCUGGGUGAGUACGGAGGGUCUAGCCUGGGUGUGUAAGGAAGGUCUAGCCUGGGUGAGUACGGAGGGUCUAGCCUGGGUGUAAGGAGGGUCUAGCCUGGGUGAGUACGGAGGGUCUAGCCUGGGUGAGUACGGAGGGUCUAGCCUGGGUGUGUAAGGAGGGUCUAGCCUGGGUGUAAGGAGGGUCUAGCCUGGGUGUAAGGAGGGUCUAGCCUGGGUGUGUACGGAGGGUCUAGUCUGAGUGCGUGUGGGGACCUCAGAACACUGUGACCUCAGUCCAGCAAGCCAGGCCCUUCAUGAAGGCCAAGAAGGCUGCCACUGUUCCCUGCCAGCCCAAGAACUCCAGGUUCCCCACUGCCUCUGUAUGCCCCUUCCCAUCCUGCGAAGGCCGUUGAGAAAUGCCCAGUGUGACCCAUGGGAAAGGGCACGGCCUGUCCUCCUGACACGGGCCGUGCUCAGCCACAGAACUGCCCAGCGCCUCCCCUGCUGCCGUCCACGGUCAGUUCACUAGGUGACAUCACAUGGUCUCAGGCAUGCGGCAGCCAGCGGCAGCUCAGCGCAGGGCACUGUGUCCAGCGGAGCCCAGUCCACUUUGGGGGGACUCCGGCAGGGACCACGGACCCCUGCUCACCCACUGGCCCCGAGGGGGGUGUAGACACCAAGACUCACGGAUGUGUGACAUCUGGAGUCCUGGAGCCGGGUGUCCCAGCAGCACCACUAGGUGCCUGCUGCCUCCACGGUGGGGUUCACACCCAGAGCUUCUCGGUCCCCUACACGUAGCCCGCCCCGGCUACAUGCCAGACCUGCCUCACCCACCAGCACAGCCGGAGCUGGCGACACCAGCCAGGUGCUGGUCUUGGGCCAGUUGUCCCACGACGGCUCACCCUCCCCUCCAUCUGGGUUGUCGCUCAGAAUUGCCUACCUGUGCCUGCGUGUAAACCAGAGCCUCAGACCAGCUAUGGGGAGGGGGACAAUGUGGAGGAAAUCCAGCUUCCCCGGUCUGGGGUGAGGAGUGCCGGGAGCUUGGGCAUCCUCCUCCAGCCCCCAGGCAGUGCCUUACCUGUGGUGCCCAGAAAAGUGCCCCUGGGCUGGUGGGUCUACGGGAGCCUCAACCAGGCAGCCCUCCCCACCCUGGGGCCCUGCCUCACCAAAGAAAUAAAGACUCAAGCUAUU